AGGAGUUCCAAUGAUGUCAUCACAAAUGCAAACUUGCCGUCUUGCAUGUAACAGAGGAUCUUUAAACAUCUGCCGGUACCCUGUGCCUCUCAAUGAAGUGCACAUAAAUGUGUAAUAUUGAAAAUAUAGAUGUCUGGACCUUUUAGAUCUGUUGAGGAGGCUUAUGCUUUUGUAAGAAGUCAUGAAGUAGCUACAAACAACAGAUAUGUUGUAGCAAAAAGUAAAGGAAUUAACAAACAAGAUUUGACAUCAUUGGAAUCUUACAACAUACAAUGGCAGUAUACAUCUGGUGUGAGAGCUGGUUCAGAGAAGGUAGAAGAUGGUAUACCAUUUAUUUACUUUGGUAUAGAGCUGAGAGAUUGCCAGUAUGGACCACCUAGAAAGAGGAUAAAAUCUCCUCCUACUGAGAAUAAGAGUGAAGCUAGUAACCAGGAGGUUGUGUCAAAGACAGAGGAAACAACUCAGACAUCUGGAACCUGUACUGGUAAGAGAAGAAGAACUCAACCAUCAAAGAAACUAAAUUGUCCAUCGAAAGUGAAGAUAAAGAAGAUUUUGAAGUUUCCCGAAUAUUCUGUUGAAAUAGGAAAAGAAUAUCCAAGUAGUUUUAAGACUGAAUUGGGUAAACAAUUGAAAGCAAAUUUUAGCAAAGAUACAAAGAGGUAUGUGCUGGUUUAUGUGCACAUAGACAACAAUCAUAACCAUGGUGACGCACCAAUAGAUGUACAGUGUAAAUACAAGAAAAUAACACAUGUUCUUGAUAAAGGAUGCACCAGGAUUUCUGUGGAUUCUGUGCCCAAGCCUGUAUCAAGAAGAGCACCAUUGUUGAAGAAAUGGGCGAGUUUAAUGGGAAAAAACUUGAUGGACUUGGUCAUGCAGUUUAAGACAACAACAGACUUACCUGAAACUCUUGCCCAACCUAAACCUGAUCAGAAACUUGAAGAAAUGCAAGAUGAAGAACUGGUAUCAUUAUACCAUGACAUCACUGGUGAAAUACCAAACAACAUGUUCACUGUGGCAAAUAAAGAGUUUACAACUACAAACCUCCGUUUACUACUACAUCUCUCUAUAAUAUUUGCUAAUGCUGCUAGUGAUGAUUGUACUCAUCAACAGACACAUCCCAGUGUUAGAGUAAAGGGAACAGAGGAUAUUUUCACACCAGUUCAGUGUUUAGAACUUGAUUGUGCAAUAAUAGAAGCACAUAUGCACUGUCCACUAUGUGCUAAAACUGACUGUUACACUGAUCCUAGCCUUCUCAAAGCACAUUUCAAAAACAGACAUGUGGACAAAGCCAUUGAAUUUGCAGGUUUAAGGAUACUUCGUUGUUAUGACAACUGUGAGGUAGCUGGAAAAAACAAAGAUUGUAAGACAUUCAAGGGUGGUCACUGGCACUGCUACAAAUGUGCAAAUGGUUUAGAUAAGCGUAAUAGUGCCAUAGCACAUUAUCAAUCACAUGUUAGGAAUUACGAGUCAAACUUCCAGAUACAAGUGACUCAGGAUGUAAAUCCAGCUUUGAGUGGUAUAACUGUUCCUCAUGAAAUAGAUGUUACCCAUGCUACAUCCGAGUUAUACCAGACUUCUGUAACCUUACAUAAUGUCGCUACAACAUCAAAGGGAGCAUGUUGCAAUAGCUCUUUUAAAAGAAGUUAUGCUGACACUGGCCUUGAAACUAUCGAUAGUUCAGCUAUGUUUGUACAGGAUGAUGAGAUAGGAAAUGUGACAUCAACAUACACAGCUCAGGAAAUACCAACUGCUGGAAAUGAGACAUAUGUGAUAACAGUACCUGAUAGUGGUGAACUUACUGAGCUGAGAAAUAAAGUUCGAGAACUUGAGAUGAACUGUAGAGAGUUGGAGAAGAAAAAUACUGUUCAGAAAUCUCUUAUUGAAUUCAUGCAGAUGAAGGAUGUGAACCAGACAAAGGCUAUAGAGGACUAUAAGUACGAAAAACAAGAUCUUAUAUCACAACUUGAUACAUGUAAAUCAGAAAUAGCCAAAUUAAAAUUCACAAGUCAAAAGUCAUCUGCUCCUACAGCAGAUACAUGUAAACAUAGUGCAGCUAAACAUUACAGAAGUGGAUCACAAGGGAGUCAAGAAUUAGAACAAGUUCCUAGUGAUGUUAGGGUUUCUUUAGAUAAAGCAAAAGAACUAGAAAAGAGGUUAAAGAAUACUCAAAAAGAAUCUGCUGGUCCAUCACAUAAAUAUGGAACCAGAACAGCUACAAGGAAAUACUCAAGUAUUUCUAAUGACAAUGUACCAGCAGUUGCAAAAAUAAGUAAGCCGAAUGAAGGAAAAAUGACUGGUUUUGACAAGGAAACUAAAACAUCUAAAGGUUGUAGAACCAGUCAAAUUGGUUCAAUGGAGGAAAUGUUCAAUCAGUUAUCUAGCAUGAGACAAGAGAUUGAUUUAUUGAAGCAGACGGCAUUUGUUAAAAGUGAUAUUAGCAUGCAACAUGUUGCAAGUGUUUCUGGCAUAAAUAAUGUAUCAGUGUUACACAGCUCAUUAGACAGUGUAUCUGGCAUAAGUAAUUCAUCAGUGUUACACAGUCCAUUAGGCAAUACAAAUGUAUCUGACAUAAGCAAUGUAUCGAUGUUACACAGUUCAUUAGGCAAUACAAGUGUAUCUGGCAUAAGCAAUGCAUUGAUUUUACACAGCCCAUUAGGCAAUAGAAGUGUAUCUGGCAUAAGCAAUGCAUCAAUUGUAAACAGCCCAUUAGGCAAUACAAGUGUUUCUGGCAUACAAAGUUCAUUAGGCAAUUCAAGUGUUUCUGGCAUAAAUAAUUCAUCAGUAAUACAAAGUCCAUUAUGCAAUACAAGAGCAUCUGGCAUAAGCAAUGCAUCGGUGUUACACAGUUCAUUAGGCAAUACAAGUGUAUCUGGCAUACAAAGUCCAUUUGGCAAUUCAAGCGUUUCUGGCAUAAAUAAUGUAUCAGUGUUACACAGCUCAUUAGACAAUACAACUGGAUCUUGAGACAUUGUUCUUCAUCAUUACACAAACCUGGAGUCAACAAUAGUAUAACUUACAUGUAUAGGUGUUCAUCAUUACACAAAUGUGCUGACAACUAUUAUGAUAUCUUGCAUAAUCUUACUGAUUCUGAAACAUGUUUGAAUUCUCCAGAAGAGGUUUAAUGAGCAACAAAGUCAUCAAUUCAAAUAUUGAGCAACGCUCAAAAGAAAGAGAUGUUAAAAAAAUAAUUUUAGCUAA